CUUUAUUGUCAAUUUUUGACAGUUGUCUUAAAUAUAAUUGGAUAUAAGAUUUAAUAUGUCGGAAUUUGAACGAAUUAUUCCUAUAAAAAUAGAAAAAGGUGAAAGUAGUUCUCAUGAAGUCUCAAGUACUAGUGAAACUAAUAAAGAUUGCCAAAAGAAAGACACUCUUCAGUCCGCUUCUCAGCAAACGAAGCCACAUGUUCAGAUAAAACCACUUAAUGAAUCCAAAAGUUACGAGUAUUUAAAAAAAUAUUAUGUCUUCGAAGAACGUGGUAAAGAUCCAAUUGUGAACAUAAAUGUUCCUGAGAAGAUAAUCCUUGUAAUAGAUCGAGCUCAAGAUGAACAUUGUAGUAACUUUAUAGCAAAAAAUAUCAAAUACACACCUAUGACUAUGUUAAGGAAAUCCUUACAUCUUUUUGUCAAGUUAAAAAGUAUGAUUAAUAAAAAUCACGAAUUUGCUAUAGUACUUUUAAACGAGAAUAACGCUUCUUGGUAUAUGAACUUCACCUCUGACGUACGAAGAAUAGAUAAUGCUAUAGGAACAAUUACACAGUGUGAAGUCGAAGAUACCUUUGAUAUAAGUCUAAUUUUUGAAGAAAUAAUACCAAAUAUAAAAGUACCAGAAGAAACUGUUGCUCCUCCAUAUAUAAUUCGAACUGUGCUAUUUUAUGGGCGCUCCUAUACAGUACCAGAAUUAAAAUUUAGUGAAGACAUUCAGGCGUUGUUAGAUCGUCCAUUUUUUAUUUUUGAUGUGUUAAUGACUCACGAACCUAUUGAUAAGAGUAAUCAUUGCAGUAAAAUAUUUGAACGUUUACAAAAUAUCGAUAAAAAAGGAAUUUCAUAUUUUUUUCCAGUUGGUAGGAAUACUCGAAGAUUACAUAAUUCUAUUGCAAAACUUUUGGGUCACGGAUUACAAAGGCCUUUGCAAAAAUUACAAAAAAUUUGAAUGCAUCAUAUAAGUGUUAUUCAAAACAGUUUUUGUUUUAAUUGUUUGACUAUAAUUUCCUUACAACUUAUAUUUAUUAUCUAUAUGUAUAUACUAUAGGAGAAACCUCAGUGAGAUCUAAAACAUUCUAUAGGUUUGUUCCAACCCAUUAAAAGACCAUUUUGAUAUGGUGACUAUAGAGAUUACAUGUUUCAACUAGGCAGUUACCGUUAUACAAACAGUUCUGUUUUGUGUUCCAACUGACUUAUUUAUCAUUUGUGAACCGUUUCUGGGACAGUCUUUUAGAUACUUGGUUGAAUAUAUGGCACUAUUGAAAUAGGAGGGAUGUAUUAUGGGGCGAAAAUCAAAUGUGAGGAAAAAUAUUUGGAAUAGGGUGAUGUUAAAAAUAAAUUAAGAUACAUUUUUUAUAGGUACUUUAUUUAAAUAUAUUUCCUUUGUAAGAAUUUAAUAUUUUUAAAAUUAUAAUCUACAGAAUAAAAACAUUGAAAUAUUUGUACUUUCACUUACAACAAAAGAAUGUAAAUAAAUUGUGUAAUAAAUAUGUAUGAUCAA